AUGGAAGGUCCUAAUGUCGAUAAUUUAUCGUUACAAGAGGAUGAUGAGGAAGGAGGAUUUUGUUUUGAUGUGGAGGAUGGUGAUGAAGAAGUUUGUGAUUUACGGCUAUGCCUCGUAGGGAGAUUUCUAUGUGACAAACCGAUCCAUGUUAUGUCUAUGAAAAAAAGAGUGGCGGAUUUGUGGCGUCCGGUUAAGGGGGUAGCAAUCAAGAAAGCUUCUGAAGGAUUGUUUUUGUUUCAAUUCUCUCACAAGUUAGAUAUGGAAGCAGCGAUCAAAGGCGGGCCGUGGACUUUCGGUAGUCACUUACUUAUCAUAGAGAGAGUCCAAAUUGGAGUGCAACUGGAGAAUAUUCCCUUGUUUCAUGUAGAUUUUUGGGUUCAGAUUCACAAUCUACCGGCAGGCCUGAUGUUGGAGAAGGUGGGCAGAACUAUUGCAAAUUUCAUAGGCGAAUUUGUGGAAUACGACAAGAACAAUAAUUCGAGUUUUUGGAGACAGUACAUGCGAUUAAGAGUAAAAGUUGAUGUCCGUCAGCCAUUGAAGAAGAAUACAAGAGUUAAAAAUAAAGGCGGUGAUUGGUGCACAGUUGUUUUCAAGUAUGAGAAUUUGGGGCUCUUUUGCUUUGUCUGCGGUAUUUUGGGCCACUCAGAACAAAAAUGUGAAGUUCGUUUUGCUAUGGAUGAGGAUACCGGAUUUAGGGGACGGUCUAAUGAUCUCAGGGUGGAAAAUAAGAGAUUUGUUAAUGGAGGUAGUUCAAAAUGGUUAAAGGAAGAGGUUGAAGGCAGUAGGAUGGCGAGUCAGAAUUAG